UGAUGUUCAUUCGUAGCCUCGGUGCCAUUUUUAUUUGUUGUGUUUCCAGUGCUUCGAUUAGUUUGAAACAAAUGUUAAAAUAGAAUGAUGAAAGUCAUCGUGUUGUAUGUUUUCCUCCCGUUUGCCUUUGGCGGUAGAAUUAGCUUCACUAGUUGCCAUGACCGUGGCUGGCAGUGCAGUAACAACAUAGCUAAUGAUAUUGUUUACACAUGCCCGGCAGACAAUAACGAAAACAUCCUCCAUCUCAAAGAUCACUACACUCAGCACAUAACAAGUCUUACUGUACAGCGUUGUAAACGCUUAAAAGUAAUUCUAGACUGUUCAGUGCUGCAAAGGCCGUCUCGCUUGCAAGCUUUCAAAGUAAAGGAUUGUGAGAGGCUCGAAUUUACCGCAACAACCGCUAACGCACUUAUACAAGCACCUUCAGAAGUCACCAUCGAAAAUGUCCGGGAAAUAAUCUCCUUGCCUAGAGGCAUGUUCAAAUCACCAGCAACAGAUACCGAGCUUAAAUGCUUAGGAACAACCAACUUAAAGAAAAUUCGUAUAACAGAUAGUAAGAUAAACAUUAUCAACACAAAGGCUAUUUCUAAUGUUAGUGGAUUGAUGAACAUUGAGUUGGAAAAUAUCACUAUAGUAGACAUGGAAAGUCAGGCGAUAGAAGCUGCUAUGAACACUUAUUCGGGUGCGUUUAAACUCACAAGAAGCAGACUUGGAAAAUUGCGUUCCAAAGCUAUCGCAGUACGCAGCAAUACAGCUACAAUAACUGACAAUGUGUUUGGUGAUAUACCUACAAAGAGUAUAAACAUCACUGCCGAUUACACAUACUUCACGAGGAACGCAAUAAGAGAUAUCUCUAAUGAUGGUUUAAUUGUAAAAUCUGGUUAUACGGAUAUAUCUAACAAUCAAAUUCAUACACUUAAGAGCAAUGCUUUGGCGAGCAUUAAAUGCUCGAAGAAAAUAACUGGCAGGAAACUAUUCAGCUUUUCGAAAAAUUUAAUGGAAAAUGUUGAAAGUAAUUCGUUAUUUUUCGACUACCAAAGUUGCAAAUCAGCGGGCACACCUGUUUCUUACAGAGAGAACAAAUUGAACUGUAACUGUCGCAACAUCGCUUUCCUUGGAAGUGGAGUAGGAAACGCUGAGCUAACCAAUUUAAUUUUAGAUUUAACGUCGAACAACACAUGCCUAUUGGCUCCGUGCUACCUUCCCGUUGAAGUGGUGAAGAUGCUACUCGAGAGCAAAAUGUGUCAAAUAAAUCUUGACCCACAAGUCGUGUGCCUGCUUUAUAAUGAUAAAACAUCGAAGAACAACGAAGUGACAGACGAAGACGUCACAGAGGCUGCAUCGACGUUCUACUUGAUUCGCCAAGCCAGCGGUCGCAACGGCGAUGCAAGUGCCGCGAUCACAGCCAUAAACAAGGACGAUCUUUUAAACGACAGCCAUAUGAACAUGACUAACAGAACUACCAUAAAGGUCGUGUUCGAUUCCUCUAGAGACUUCGUAGAGACGCUACGUAGUACCAGCUCCUCUCGCAGAAGGCAAGCUCAGGAGCCGAAAACCCCUCCGAGAACAGAGUACACGAAUCGGUGCGUAGGAGCGCAGUGCAGGACUAACGCCUACGAUAAACAAAAGGCGUUGGAUUUCUACAAGUAUGUGUACGCACAAUUACGACCUCCGAAAACGAAUACGAAUACGAAAACUUAACUGAUAUUAAAUAAAAUUAUUAA